AUGUCAUCCCUCCCCAUUGAUGAGGCAUUUCCUCAUUCCUUAACAAUCGAAAUUCCAUUUCCAUCCCAGAGGCUAGCGACAGCCGCUCUCCGCAGCCUGGCUGUCGAUCAGGAGCUGUCCGCACUCGUCAAGCGGGAUUUUGAUCUCGUCUCAGCGACCAACGGCCUUUCUGGUGAUAUAGCGCAGCCAGACUCCAACGCUGUCCUGCAAGUCCAUUAUAAAGCCACCACUCCCCGCAUGCUUCGCGUGGCAGUGAACGGCUUCUUCGAGUCUCUGAGCGUCGUCGUGCAGGUCAUGGAAGAACUUGACGUCGACGUCCUGCAUGAAAAAGGCAUCGAGGGCUUGGAAGGCGUGCAAGGCGUCGAGCAAGGCCUGACGGGCACUGCUGUCGGUGUUCGCAGCUGA